AUGGGUAAUUCAACAAUGUCAUUAUCCAUGUUCAACGAUCUUUGUCAAAAUGUUUUGAAAUUAGUAGCAACUCGACUUGUCUCAUUACGUUUAACAUUAACCAAUGCUAUUGGUGGAUGGUCACUUAUUUCAUCAUCUUUGAAAUAUCAAACAACAUUGCUUCAACGCCUUCAUCUAAUCAAUAUUACACCACAUGAGUUUGAUAAUUUACUGCGUAACCCUUUAAUAAAAGGAUUACAUACAUUAUUAGUUGAUGUGACAUCAUCUAGUCCAUUUCAUUAUUUGGAUGGUGAAGGAGUUUAUUUAACUAAGGUAUGUUCGCAAGUGCCUCUUCUAAAAAAUUGUCGACUUCCAUUUAAUGUUUAUCAUAAAGGUCGAUAUGAUGUAGACAAAUAUUCAGCGCUAUCAAUAAUGAGUUUACCAAGUUUAUUAAAUACAACUCAUCUUCGUACAUUGUCAAUUGGUAUGAAUACGUCACGCUUUCUCAAACGUUUAAUCACCUGUAUACCAUUUAUUGAAAAUCUUUCUGUUGGUGUACAAGAUCUAGAAAUGAAUCAGAAGGAGAGUUUUGAUAUAAUCUCACUACCUGUCGCUGUCGAUGCGCAUCUUCUUUUAUAUCUAUCUCGUUUACAUAUAAAUUGCAAAGAUUGCAUUAGUUUUCACCGAGCUAUUGCGCUUUUCUCGUCUGUGUUUGGUCAACUUUGUCAUCUAUCAUUAAAAUUAGAAACGGGUGUAGUAAUCUCUAGUCCAUUGACUAUAUCAGGUGAUAUUAUUCAAGAGUUAUGUGUUGAUCGUCUCAAUCCAGAAGCAAUCUAUAAUCUUAAUCUAAAUUUAUAUGUUGAACAUGAUGCGAAGGAAAAAAUAAUUUUUAAUUCAUUUUUGACAGCUCCAUUUACUAAUCGACAACGAUCGAAAGUAUUUAUUCAAGAACUUAUUAGUGAUGAUGUCGAUCAUAAUUGUCAUUAUUUUACGGUAUUCACUUUACCAUGUUAUGAGAGAAAACUUCCAACAUAUAUGUUUUCUAGAGCUCUAGAAAAAUCUUGUCCAAUGCCAAUUCAUGCAGUAGAUUUGUUUCCACGCGCUAAUGAAUUAUUUCUUCAUGGUUAUAGGAAUGAGAAUUGUGUUUUAGAGCUGGUACAAACAGGUUCAACAUAUUGCCUUAUUUGUGGACCGGGUCGUUACUGCCCAGAUCCAGCUGGUCUACCUGUUCUAUGUGCACCUGGCUCAGCACAAGUUAAUUUAGGAUCAGUUCAGUGUGAAUUGUGCAAAGAUGGCGCCUAUGCUGAUAAACCUGGCAUGGCUGUAUGUAUUUCAUGUCCACCUGGAUAUGCUUGCAGUAGUACAACUCGUGAAGGUCUCCCAUGUCCAACCAAUCGAUUUGGUGGUCAAAGUAAAUGUGUCGACAACGGCGAAUCAAUGAUCGGGUAA